CUCUUAAUGACCUUUGCCCUUUCUAGGUCACUAUGGCGGAUGAAAAGCUUGCUCGAGUACGAGACAUACUUCUAAAACAAGGAUCGUUUCCAGAUUUUCCAAAGAAGGGUAUUUUAUUCAGGUAUGUUGUCGGUUAAUAAUUGAUUUACGUAUGUAGUAAAACUGACAACUAGUUUUUAGUGUUCCAGUUUACUGACUAAUAACAUCCUGAUGGUUAGGACUACUUUCAUAAAAAAUUUAAACUUUUUGUUAAAAAAAAACUGGACGUAUGAUUUUUUUUUUGUCGGAUUUUUUAUGCCCCUUAUUAUAAGCUAUAUUAAUUUUGAUCCAAAAAUUUGUGAUUGACUCUUGACAUUUUUCACUUUUUGACCCAUAUUAAAAUAUGGACGCGGUUGCUUUUCAUGAAAUAUUUUUUUCUAAUUUGUAUACAUUACAUUUUUCUAGGCACUUUGAUUAAAAUUUCAUAACAUUUAUAAAAAUAUAAAAACACUACAGCUGUAUAGAGCCUGGAGAUAGGGAUAACAAUACUUGUCCACGCACCGUUCUGCGCAUGUCCUAAAAUGUCGAAAAAACGUGUUCUGCAAUAUGGCGUACAGCAACACGGUAUCAUUGGAAAAUUGCAGACUACGUCACCUUUGUUUAUUAAAUAAUUGCGUUCCUCAUCACUGACGUAUCAGUUUUUGUGUUCCGGUCAUAUAUUGAUUUAUGCUACGAUAUUUUUUUUGCAUCACGGGCAGUAUUAUUAUGAUGACUCGGUUGGUAUAUAAAUCGCAUAAAUACUUUUUUACUAGUAAAGCCACCAAAAUAAGGUUUAGUGCUCCCUAAUCUACAUUCAUUGUAAGAGUUUUUUCAUUUUUUGAGUUAUUAUCGUUGAGGUCUCGAUAAAAAGUUAUGCCACCCGCGAAUAAGUGGGGGGUAUGAAAUUAUCAUUAUUUUUUUUAUUUUGACCGAGAAGCCGGAAAUGGCUGCUAUCACUGUUAUUCGUUAAUGUUAAAUCCUUAAACAUCUAAAUAAUUAUAAGACGCUUAAAAUGAAUCAUUUUAAGAAAAGAUUAUAAGCAAACUUGAAAAGUUUAUAUAGUAACCAAGGGUUGGUUUUAAGUUUUAUUUAUUACGUUAAAAAUUGUGUAGGGUACCGGUACACAGUUUAUCGUUCAUUCAUUAUUGAAUCAAUAUUUAAUAGUUUUACAUAGUAAUAUCGAUAAUAAUAAUCGUUUUUCUCUUAUUAAUUAUUUCAGAGAAUAUUACUAAAAUUAGGCCUACUUAUCAUUAUCAGUUAUAAUUAUAAACAACUGUUAUUAUAAUCCUAUUUAGGCCUAAGCUUAAUUUUUCUUACUAAUUCUAUUACAAUUUACAAGCCUAUACUGUAUAGACUAUAGACUAUAAGUUCUAUAUAUUUAAAUAUAACAGUUUUAUUAAAAUACAUCAAAUUAAUAAACAAGACUCAAACAACAUCAUCAUAGCAAUUAUAUUUUUAUUAGGACAUAGAAAAGCAGUACAUAGACAAUUAUUUAAUAUAUAAAAUAAUUUUUUUAAAUGAAUUAGUCUCAGUCUCAUCAUUAUCAUAUUAUCAUGGAUGAUAUUUGAGUAAUUUUUAUCUAUAAUUACCAUGCUUUCAAUUUUAUAAAUAAAAAAGACUACUUACCUUUUAAUAAAUAUAAUAAUUGAUUUAAAAUUAACACAAGCAUAAUAAAAUUAAUUAAAAUUCAAUAAAUAAUAAUAAAUAUGGACAUAUGGUGAGGUUUUUUUUUCGUUUUUUCCUGCAUAAAUAUUGAUUUUCCCAAUUUUUUUGUUCACUUUUUUCUGAACAUACCCACAAAUAAAUUUAUAAAAAAAUAAAAGUCUUAAUGUUAUAUAAAAGUUUUGUUGUUUAUUAUACUGUAUAUUGCAUUGAGAAUGUCUCCUGAAAAUUUGGUAGCAUUAUCUUUUAAAAUCAAAAAGUUUUGGUUAAAAUAAGGCAGAAAUUUUGAAAGUGGGUCACAUGUUUUUUCAGUUUAAUACUAAGAUAAAGAAGGGGGUGUUUAAAAAUCACCAAAAAAAUCAUAACUCCACUUCUAUAAAAGAUAGAAAGAUGAAAUUGGUGUUGUUGUAAAGCUUAUAGCUGGCCCUUUAAAAUGAUGUAUCAUUCAUGGCAAUUUGACAAUAUUUAAAUUUUGUGUCAAAGUACCUACUGGAGAAUAGAUUACAAAAACACCAAGAUCAACUUUCUAGCUCAAGUGGUUCAAAAGUUAUGAAUUUUUUAGUAGGGACCUCAAAGGCACGUUUUUACUAUGGGAUUUUCCUCCACAUUUCGUGACCCUCAUUUUGAUUUUUUUUUUAAGGCCUAUAACUUUAUUAUAAAAUGACACAAAAAUAUAAUAUUUACAGGGAACAUAUUUUAAUUAGAGUACUUCUAAAUAAAACCACAAAAUAUAAGUUAGUUUUUGUUAAUAUUCCGCAAAAAUUAUUUUAAAAAUCUUUAUUAUUUUCCUAUUAAAAAUAUAUAAAAUAUGCUGACUCGUCACUUAUUCGUAAUUAAUUAAUUAAUUAUGUAUAAAUAUUUUUUUUCAAUUUCCCAAAAUUCAUAAUAAUAAUAAAAUAUUCUUAAGAUAUUAAUUUCAAAUUUUCUGUGGAAUUGUUUAAAAUUUAUAAGUAUAUACUAAUAAUAAAGGGAUUAUUUGUUUCAAUAAGUUAAAAUUGACAAUUAAACUUUUUAUUUUACCAUUUUCUAUAUAAUGUAUUUUAGUCCCAUACCAUAUGAAUGUGUGAAUAUGACAAAAAAUAGUAUGUCAUUUAUUUUAAGUUAGUACAGUUGUUUCACAGAUCAACAUUUAUUAUUAGAAUCAACUUUAGCUGUUGAUAGAAUUUUAAAUAAGUUCUAGUUAUUUGCUUGAGGUAAUUACAAUGUUUUAUUAUUAAAUUUUAGUAAUAUCUCAUGUAAUUCUUGGAUUUUUGUGGUAGAAAGUGUGUUUUUUUCUUUGAGAAUACUGAGGAUUAUAUAAUAAUUCUCUUUUGGAAUAGUGUGAUAUGUGAUUAAAUGAAUAAUGGGUCCUACAAAUAACUAUGGGGGGGGGGGGGGAGGUGGAUAGGCCUACACUUAUAAUAGUAAUACUAUUCUAGGCCUCUAUAUAUACAUACACACAUAUGUAUAAUUAUAUAUGUAUAUAUAUUAUAUGUAUAUAUAUAGUUAAUAGUAUACAUAUAACAACAGUAUAUAAAACUAAUAGUUAACUAUUAAUUGUAAUUAAUUAGGCUUUUUUAACCUAAUAUCCCUCAAUAAAAGCAUCAAAUCAUAUUAAAAAUAUGUGUUUGUUUUAUUAAUUAUUUUAUUUUUAUUUCUAAAUAAGUUAUUAGGGGGUAAUAGUCUGGAUUUCCAGAGUAAAUCAGGUUAUUUACCAUAGCAACGAAUAUUAACGAUAAUAGGUAAUUUUGGGACACACGUGACUAAAAUUUCCCAUGAAAUUUCUGACCAAACUGAUGGUCCUAAAUUAACAGGUCUUGGAUAUGUUGUAGUUAAUGCCAUUAUUUAUAAAGUCCUUGAAAUUCUAUGAAAGGUUCUUUUCCACACAAAAAAUAUGAAUGAGUAAAAAUUGCGUUAUUUUACCUUCAAUUUUCAAAGUGAAGCCCCAAAAUUUUUUGGGGGACUCAAGUGUCUAAUCAUAACACAACAUGUCUACUAUAAGUUGUGGGCGGAAAUAGAAUUAAUAUGCUGGGCUAUAUAUAGUUAAAAAGUCGUAAACAACGUGACUCUCGGUAAAUUAAAAAGUGGAGGUCGCCAUUUUGACAACGAAAUCACGAUACCCGAUUUUCGGCACUUCCCGGAUCUUACCGAAAUACCUAAUUUUUCUGAUCAGCAUUUUAUUAUUUUAAAUUUGAUUUGCCUUUCUUGUAGAUAGACAUUAUCUGUUUGUAUUGAAAAUUUUAGAGCAAUAAGUAAUAACUUUAUUCGUUUAGUAAUUAUGUCAUUUUUUUGGAAAAUUAAAAUUUUCAACAAUUGUUGUUAUCCACGCCAUGUGCUCCUAAAAGCAUAUUUUAUAAAAGGGAAGCGUUAUACACAGUCUGCUGCGCAUAACCCUGAGCGUUAUACGCAGUCGACUGCGCAUAACCCCGAAAGUUAUUCCCAGCCGACUGCGUAUAACUCUCAGGGUUAUACGCAGUCGGCUGGGAAUUUAGCCAAAUAAUGUUUAUUACCGCUAAUUUUGCAAAAUGGCAAAGAAGUAUUAUACGUAAUUAGCCGCAUUAUGGGUUGUUUUGAACUAUAACUUUUAAUGUGUUAAACGUAAGACUUAAAAUUUUAAUUGAAUUAAUUUUAAUUAAUUUUGAAUAAUAGUAAUACUAAUAGUGCUAUUAUUAGUAUUAUUGCUUGUAUCUUAUAAAUUAUAAGUCUAAGUCAAAGUCUAAAUUUCCUAGAGUCUAAGACUAAGAAGAUGAUUAUGCCUUAAGGCAGCGGUUCUCAACCUGUGGGUCGCGACCCCUUUGGUGGUCGAAUGACCAUUUCCCAGGGGUCGCCUAAGACCAUCGGAAAACACACGCGCUUAAAAGUUACAAAGCAUCAACGAAAAUAAUUGUGUGUUUGUGGGUCGCCACAACUUGUAAGGAACUAUGUUAAAGGGUCGCGGCAUUGGAAAGGUUGAGAACCACUGCCUUAAGGCAUUUCCUCGGUUUAAGUCUAGUUCUGUAUUCUGAUUGAUUAGGUUUGUAUAUUUUGCUAUGACUAUGUGGUUGGUUUCACUGACUAUUUCAGGAAAUACAUUCUAUGUAUUUUUAAAAACUCAUAUAAUUUAUUUAUUUUUUUUUGAGGGGGGGUGCCUAAAUGUAACAGUUUUCAGUUUCAAUGCAAAACUAUAACUGUGUGAAAGUAUUACUUACAGUGCAGUGGCGACGCCAUCUAAUUUAACAUGGCGGGUCACGUGCAGGUCUUAAAAAAAUUGGCGGGUCCCAAAUAAAUAUAUUAAAAAUAAAAUUUAUUUAUUAAGUAAACUCAGUUUAAACCUAGUCAUCUUGAUAACGAAGUACCUUUAUCGAACCAUACUGUAAUACAGGAAGUAUAUAGACCUCACUUGAAAGUCGGCUGCGUAUAACCACUUCGUUUAUAAAAUAUAAUAGUUAAUUCACGAUUUAUGUGUUUUGUUUUGUUAAAAAUUGUAUUGUAAAUGUCUCCUCCAAAUUUGAGCACUCUAACUCUAAUAGCCAAAUAGAUACAAGUAAAAUAGUACAAACAGUAACAAUUCAAUCACAUUUUGUUUUAAAAAUUAAAUACAAAGCCAAAUAGUGGGGUAAAAUAAAUCACUAAUUAACUAAAACUUUUCUCCCAUAAAUUAUAGAAAGAUUACUUAAAGCCAGCUCUUUACAGUGAUACGCUCUUUGUGUAAGUCAAAUUUAUUUGAAAAUUUGAGUUGGAGUACCUAACCAAUAUAUCAAAAUCCGUCAGUUUUAAAGAUUUUAAAUGGAAUAUUGUAGCACAUUUUUUCAGUUGUAUGAUAAAAAUUUGAUAGUUUGAUGUUGAGACUUUGUAUGAGCUGGUAGAACAUAUAGUAAAUUGCCUUCCAUUAUUAUCCUGGGUAACAUUGGGUUAUAGCUUCUAGUGUGAAAUAAGAAAAUAAAUUAUGUCUGUUAAUUAAAACAAAAAUUGUGUCAAUUUUAUGCAUGUCAGUAUGAUGUACGUGUAGCAUGUCAGUAUGAAGUAGAUGUAGUAGUGUUCUAAAAAUACCAUAAUAGACAAAUUCACCAAUGUUUAUUUAUAUUUUUUUUGGUUUUGAGGAUACAUCCUAUAAAUAAAUAUAUAUGGGUAGACUCCACCCACUGUGUACUCUCAAGAAAUCACAGGAUACUCUCAAGCAGGGAAAUUAAGGGUUGCGGUGAUGGUUAAAGUUGCAUAAAAUGUGUUGCAUUGUAAAAUUCUUUAUUUUCAUUCAUCCAGAGAUAUUUUUCAAGUCCUCCGAAAUCCUUCAGUGUUCAAAGACCUGAAUGAGCUCAUUUUUCAAGCAACCAAAGAAACUGUUCCAGAUGUCCAGUGCAUUGUGGGAUUAGAUUCACGUGGAUUUCUGUUUGGCCCAAUACUUGCUCAGCAACUCAACGUACCAUUUGUUCCCAUAAGAAAACGGGGAAAACUUCCUGGUGAACUUGUCUCUGUUGUUUAUCAGUUGGAAUAUGGCGCUGUGAGUAGAUAAUACACAUAAUACUUUUAAGUAGAUGACACAUGACACUUUUCGUACAUGGAAAGUUGUUAAUCCAUGGAAUUUUAUAUUUGGAAAUUCAUAAAAUUUUGCUUUACAGGGUCCCUACACAGUUUGGAAAAUGGGAAAUAGUCGUGAAUUUAUUUGAUAAUUUUCCCGGUCGUGAAAACCAUGAAAACUGGCCUUCUAGUAAAGAAAUUUUCCGGAUAGUCUGUAAUUUUUUAAUUUUUAAAAUAUAAUAAUAAAUUUGGCUUAAUUUGCAAUGAAAAUUGGCGUUAAUGGCCGUUCUCGUUUAUUUUUAGCCUUUUUGUUAUCAAAAGGACCUCGCUAGUAGUUUCCCCUUAACUGUGCAUGCGUUUUGAGCUCUACGAGUUUCUAUUACCGUACAACUUCAGUAGACCAGAAAUAUUUAUAUUCUGUUCACAUCGCCGAUCAAGAGGUGCUUGACUGUUUGGGUAAGUAAGUGUAAAAUAUAGUAAAUAAUUAUUUUAAUCUAGUUUUCUAUUGUGAGGUAACCAUUAUAAAUAGAAAACUGCUCGUCCAAGCGCUGUCUACAAUGACUAAGCUUAGCGUACUUUGUUAUGUCGUUGUCUUCAUAAGUUGAUUUUUAACGGUUUUACUGUAUAUGGGAGACAUGUAUUUAUUUUUUAUUAUUUUAUUAGCGUUAGCCAGCCUUUAACUUUUUAAAAAAACUAAAUUUCGCUUUAUAUUUAAUUACGGAGUAGGCCCUCUAAUUUUAAAUAGGCUAAUAUGAUUAUGAUAUUUUGACAUUUUAUUUAUGCGUAGAUUAGUUGACAAGUUUACAGCUGACUUUGGAAAUUCAUUUAAAAGUUAAUGAAACUAAAACUAGUUGAUUGGACUUAAUGCAUCGAUUCAGUGAGCCUCACUACUAAUGAAAAUCCCAUGCUCUGGGUAUACUUUACGGCAUUAUACUAUUAUUCAUAAGCACAGUGUCGAAGGCAAGGAUGUUUAAAUUUUUGUGUGUGUGGGGGGUCUUUUGGAUACCCAAAAAAAAUGGGGGGUGGGGAAUAGGUCAAAGAUGUAUUUCCCUGCGGAAAAUCCUGACUAUGCCGUUUCAUAUGCAUAUCUUAGUAUCUCUUCUUACUCUAUAUUACUGUAGUUUAGUACGGGUAUAAUAUAAUAAUGAUAAUAAUAAGAGGAGUCUUAUAUAGUGCGGUACCCCAGCCCAGGGCUGGGCUCACUGCGCUGUACAUAAAAAUUUUAUCAAAAGAGACAUAAUCAUGACAUUAAAAUGAAAUACAUUUAUGAAAUAAAGAACAGCAAUGUAUAUUCACCUACCCCACCACAUAACUUUUACAAGGCAAACCAUGGACGGCAGCCAGCUAGAUCGUUUAACGGUCAGAGGAGGGGAAUCAGUCAGGGUAGUAUAAUUUAAAAAGAUAUAUAUAUAUAUAUAUAUAUAUAUAUAUAUAUAUAUAUACAUAAUAGUCUAUAUGGUGUAUGCCUUACUGUAAAUUAUACACACAAUAUUGAUAUGAUAAUAUAUUUUAUUUUGUUUCACUAUACAGGCUCAAGGCUAAAAAAUAUAUAUAUAUAUAUAUAUAUAUAUAUAUAUAUAUAUAUAUACAUAAUAGUCUAUAUGGUGUAUGCCUUACUGUAAAUUAUAAACACAAUAUUGAUAUGAUAAUAUAUUUUAUUUUGUUUCACUAUACAGGGUCAAGGCUCAAUAAAAUAAUGCCCACAGUUCAACGGUUCCUUUAAAGACUGAUGGUCAAAACAUCUAUCAUGAUAAUGAUUGAACAAGUCAUCACUACUUCACUAUGCUGGAAAUAUUGAUAUCAAGUAUUCAGGGCGAUAAUAUUAACAAGAUGUCAAUCAUCUGAUGAGACUUCAGAGUUAUCAUCUAUCUUAGGAGUCCUGUUCUGCAAAUUCUCAGCCAAGCUUCCAAUCUAUGUGUCAAAAUAUGAAACCUUCAUUGGAAAGAUUUUAUUGACACUUAAGUCAAACUAUCCAUUUUCAUCACAAGGAAGAGCAUGUUAACUCCAUAUAAGAAAAGAUGCUUCCCACGUGUGGUAGCUAUAUGUAUGUGCUAAAAUGCCCCUGAGAACAUGUUGCAAAAUUUGCACUUGCACUUUAAACAUCAAAAAUUUUUCACGUCUUAGAAAAUUGAAAAAUUGUAAUUGCUAUGAAAUUUAAUAAAUAUUUACAUGUACACACCUCAAUUACCGGUACUUAAUUUUUUUUUCAUUUGUUAUGUAUUUCAAUUUUGCUUUACUUUGACAAUUGCAUGGAUUUUUAUAUUAUCAACAAAAACGGCGCAUUGCGAUAGUCAGGAUUUUUUUUUUUUAGUUGGGAAAAAGUAGGGAUUUUGUUUUUAAAAAAUUAUGGGAACCCUGUUUCAUUUCUUUUUGAGGUCUCAUACAAAUACAUAGCCUUUAAAGAUAUAUUAUUUCUUUCUGUGGUCUCAUACAAAGUCAUAGCCUUUAAAUAUACUUUUUUUUUAAAAUUUGAGUGUUUUUUUUUCUUCCCUUGCAGGAUACAUUUGAGUUGCAGAAGAAUUCAAUAGAGAAGGAUCAAAGGGUUGUAGUUGUUGAUGAUUUGCUGGCAACAGGAGGUGGGUCGUAGUUGUUGAUGAUUUGCUGGUACCAGGAGGUGUGUUGGAGUUAUUAAUGAUUUGCUGGUACCAGGAGGUGUGUUGGAGUUAUUGAUGAUUUGCUGGUACCAGGAGGUGGGUUGUAGUUAUUGAUGAUUUGCUGGUACCAGGAGGUGGGUUGUAGUUAUUGAUGAUUUUACUUUUACCAGGAGGUGGGUUGGAGUUAUUGAUGAUUUUACUUUUACCAGGAGGUGGGUUGGAGUUAUUUACAAUUUGCUAACAAGAGGAGGUGGGUUGUUAUUGUUAAAAAUAACAUGUAAAUUUCAUUUUGUUUUGAGCUGAGUUAUAUUCUGUUAGACUAACAGUUAAAAAUGAUUACCACUUUGCUAAUCUUUUGAUAAAAUUUAUUACCGGUAACAAUAAUGCUCAAACCAACAUAGUAAUGUUUGACUUUAUUUUGUUUUACAGGUACUAUGAAAGCAGCAUGUGAUUUACUUGCACAAAUAGGGGCAGAUGUUCGUCAAUGCCUUGUUGUCAUAGAGCUUGUUGAUCUGAAAGGUCGGGACAAGAUCCCAAAACCUGUCAAAUCGCUAAUCACAUUUACAGACUGAUAAAAUUGUCAUUAUUUUUCCCCCUCUUCUUUCACUUACGGUGACCGUGCCAAAAGCUAAGCCGAGGGGAUUUACUACAAAAUUGACUUUAUUUCUUGUCAUAUUUAAUUUUUACACAUUUUUAAAUCAAAAUAUUUUAUAUUAUUGAACAACCAAGCUUUUCAAAGUUCAAAAUAGAAAUCUUCAAAUCUUCCUAGUUCAUGAAAAAAAAGAGAGAUAAUCAUCAUCUUCCUGUUAUGAAAUCAAAUUAAGCAUGUAAUAUAUACAUACAGUUAAAUGUUGUAAUGGUAGUUUAACUUUACAUUUAGACUGAUAUUUAGUUAGCUUAUUCAUUUCGGUUGUAAUAUUUUUAAAUGAAAAUCCAUUUAUUGUGGCAGUAUUUUUUGUUAGAAUCUGAUUUGGAGAUAAUUAAUUCUUAUUUUUCUUAGGUUUUAUAAACUUUAUGUGACCCGUUUAAUCUUUCAACACAUUUUACACUACAAGGAAAUCCAUUCAAAAUAUAGUUUGUUUUUGUACGAGAACUCACUGACUGCUUUCAUCAUAUCAAUGGAAGAUAUAGUUAACCCAGAUGUGGUGGCCAACACAGACUUCAAAGUGGCUUUAGUCGCCGGGGGAGCAGCGGGCACGGCGGUGGAUAUAAUGUUGUUCCCAUUUGACACCAUUAAGACACGUCUUCAGUCAGAGGCAGGUUUUCUAAAGUCAGGAGGUCUCAAGGGUAUCUACUCUGGCCUUUUAUCAGCUGCCCUUGGCUCUGCCCCUGGAGCUGCCUUGUUUUUUUGUGCCUAUGAGUCUUCCAAGUCAGUUUUUAACUCUUUUUCAAGGGACCAACAUUUCCAGAGUUUUGGUCACAUGGCUGCAGCCUCCCUUGGCGAGGUCACUGCAUGUCUUGUACGCGUCCCAGUGGAAGUGGUCAAACAGAGGACUCAGGUGGUCAACACAGGAUCUUCGCUGAAAUCAUUCCGUUUGACCUUGAACUCUGAAGGCAUCAAAGGUUUCUACCGUGGAUACACAAGUACGGUCAUGCGAGAGAUUCCUUUCUCCGUUAUUCAAUUUCCUUUAUGGGAGUUUAUGAAGUCCAAAGUAUCACAAGAAACCGGUCAACCUAUCACUGCCUGGCAAUCAUCAUUGUGUGGAGCUGUGGCAGGGGGGACGUCAGCUGCCUUAACCACACCGCUGGAUGUUGUUAAAACUAGGAUCAUUUUAGCGGAGAAAGGAUCUAGUGUGGCCAGGGGGGACAUUGUGUUUGUGCUCAAGCAUGUCGUCAGAGAGAAGGGCAUCAGGGGCUUGUUUUCUGGUGUGGUGCCUCGGGUCAUCUGGAUAUCGAUUGGUGGAUCCAUUUUCUUGGGUGUAUAUGAGAAAGUUAAGAUCUUAACAUCUGGUCUGCUAUAACAAAGUUUAUAAAAUAGUUGAUGGUUUCUCAUAUAAGUAUAAGAUUUAAUAAAUAUAUAAAUUUCCUUUUUUUUUGGUGUUAUCUUGAUUUAUUUCAGGGGUGCCCCAAUUAAUAGGCAAAUAAUCAGUAAUCUUCUACUUUGCCGAAUAAUCAAUAACAGUACCGGUGAUUGGUUUUUUGACAUACUGUUCAUCUGAUCAGCCUACCGAAAAUGAAUCCAGAAAAUUUUUAAAAUAUAUUGCAUGCUUUAAUGGGAUUUUAUCCAUUUUUACCAACUUAGGUUAGGGUUAAAUAAGUAUGAGUAUCAGACCAUGAGCUGGCUAUUGAACAUUUAACUCCUUGCGCACACACACACACCUCAAAGUAUUAGAAAUUGCAGUCUAUUCUCUUUGUUUCUGUCGAGGUGAUGCUGGUAAGCUCUUUAAUGACAUUAUACCAGCCACUUCACAAAUCUGAUUCAAAAUUCAUUUUCAGAAGAGUUUGUGGGUCAUGGUGGCAUUAAUAAUCAGACAAACAGUAAAUUUCUAGUUGUGACCAGUGGCAUUAAAAAUAGUCAGAGACAAAUUGUACAUUUCUUGUUGUGACCAUGGCAAGCAAAAGCUUUGCCCAGGAAAGCAAGAAUUAAAAAAAAAAUAAUAAUAAUAUAUUUUUACACACAUUUUGGUGCGUGUACUCACUUGGCCUUCUUGAUAUGGCCCUGUGUGCGAGGUUCAAUUAUUUGAUUGCCUGAAUAGGGCUAUCAUCUAUUUCUUGCUUAAUUAUUGUAUAUUAUAGGAUCUAAAUUUGACAUCAUUUAUGGAUAGCCCCUUUAGUUAACCAUACCGAUAUUUUAAACAAGAUCUACUUUUUCUAUUUUAAGGAUUAUCUUAAAAAUUAAGAGCUGCUGCUUACUUCUGGGGAUUAAAAAAAAACACUUCUCUUGACAUAAUUUUUAAGUUUUCAACUUUGACACAAUCAUUCAAUCAGAUUUUAAAUAACAUUGUUUUUUUUGUAUUGUAUGCUUUGGAAAUUCAUUGUUAAAUUUUUUUAAACUUCAUUUGUAUUUUCUGCUAUCUGUGUUUUAAUUAGAAAUUUCUACAAACUACAUUUUGAUUUGAAUUGAAAUAAUGUAAAAAAUGACAGUAAAUAUUAAUUAACAUCCAGCUAAACUAAAACAAAUAUUUUGUCAUAACUAAUGGCCUUUAUACUGAGUACCAGUAAUCUAGUUAUAAUGAAUAAAGAAUAUGUGUUAAAAAUGUUCUGUAUGUUUUGUCUUCAUAUGUUAUAAAUGAACGGGUGUUUGCAAGGACACUCCAUUUCAAGUAUUAGAAACUGGGUGUUCAUUAGCACAAUGCAUUUCAAGUGUUAGAAACCAGCUAGGCUCCAUUGUUAGUGUUUAUUUGCU